AUGGUUACCAGCGACACCGUCUGUGCCGCACUGGACCAUGGCGGGGGUGUUCGCUUCGGUUCCCAAACCUUCGCCAUUUACUCCUGCGCGCCCCUGCCGCCAGGUUUCGAACAUCUCAAGCAGAAUGUUGCUCUUCAUACCAAGCUGAAAGCGUCCGUAUCGCGAGUUUGCAGGACGCUCCCCAUUUAUGUGAAUUUGGACGACCCCGAAAUAGCCCAGCUAGCUUCGCUGCCAGUGUUGUUGUCCCCCACCCAGCCGUCAGCCAGCACGAUCUAUCAGCUUCCGUGGUUCCUGAUCAACGCGGCAACAUUCACCCAACACUGCGUGAUCGGAAGAGGAUCGGCAGUGGAGUCAUUACUGGUCAUCUUGCAGCGACCAUGGUGUGUUCUCGAGGUCUGCUGCACCGAUAUCGAGACCGUUGCGGCGGUGCGGGAAUUCGCCCUGCUAGCGGCUCAAGCAGACCCUGACAGUUACUCUGCGGCAGUUCUACUGCUUUCUCAUGAGUACCGAGCGAGAAUAUCCCCGGUAUUAACUGAUAUCUUCCACUCCGUUGAUCCUUGUGUGUCGCGUUGCUCAGAGAGGGCACUUUGCGAUGUUUACGCAGCGACAACUCUUGUGCACUCGUAUAAUCGGUUCUGGCUGCCGCUGGUCUGCAGUUGCGCGGUUUACUUGGACAUUUCUUUCUCCGAGGUGGUACGGCGGAUCCGCGAUGAUUCGGGUGAUGGAUCUGACUGUCGGGGCUGGAUUAGCCUAUAUAGAGGGUUGCUUGGGAGAAUUGGCGAUUGGGUGACAUGA